AUGUUGCAAAAUAUUGAAACCAAACAACAAUUUUCUUCUGCUUUACAAAACAAGGAUGAUAUGAUUGUUCUUGAUUUUUUCGAUGAAUGUUCACAUUGUAGUGACUUGAAUGAUAAAUUGGAUGAAUUCUCCAAUAUGUAUGGAGCUCAAAAUAUCCGAUUUUAUAAAGUAAACAUUGAAGAAGAUAGAGAAUUGGCUGAAGAUUAUAAGGUAUCUUCCAUUCCUACCACUUUAUUUUUCAAAAAGGGCAAAGUUUUUGAUAAAGUUGUUGGUCCAGAACCAAAUGAAAUCAAGAAAGUUCUUGACAAGAAUUUAUUGGGCUGGUCAGGUCGUCCACUGCAUUCAACUAAAACAUGA